CCGCUUCCGGCGCGAUCCCUCAAGCUCCGCGGCGAGGCGGGCGGAGAACGGGGGCCAGGGGUCGGCGGGCACGGUGCGGCAGGGCUCGCUGCUGCCCUCGGCGCCGUCGCCAUGGGCAAGAAGCACAAGAAGCAUAAGGCCGAGUGGCGCUCGUCGUACGAGGACUAUGCGGACAAGCCUUUGGAGAAGCCCCUGAAGCUGGUGCUCAAGGUUGGAGGAAGUGAAGUGACAGAGCUCUCAGGGUCCGGCCACGACUCCAGUUACUACGAUGACAGGUCAGACCACGAGCGAGAGAGGCAUAAGGAGAAGAAGAAGAAAAAAAAGAAAAAGUCGGAGAAGGAGAAGCACCUUGACGAUGAAGAAAGAAGGAAGCGAAAGGAAGAGAAGAAGCGGAAACGGGAAAAGGAACACUGUGACACAGAGGGAGAGGCGGACGACUUUGAUCCGGGGAAGAAGGUGGAGGUGGAGCCGCCCCCCGACCGGCCUGUCCGAGCGUGCCGGACACAGCCAGCUGAAAAUGAGAGCACGCCUAUUCAGCAACUACUAGAGCAUUUCCUCCGCCAGCUCCAGAGAAAAGAUCCUCAUGGAUUUUUUGCUUUUCCUGUCACGGAUGCAAUUGCUCCUGGAUACUCAAUGAUAAUAAAACACCCGAUGGAUUUUGGCACAAUGAGAGACAAAAUUGUAGCUAAUGAAUACAAGUCAGUCACGGAAUUUAAGGCGGAUUUCAAACUGAUGUGUGAUAACGCAAUGACGUACAACAGGCCAGACACCGUGUACUACAAGUUAGCGAAGAAGAUCCUCCACGCGGGCUUUAAGAUGAUGAGCAAAGAGCGGCUGUUAGCUUUGAAGCGCAGCAUGUCGUUUAUGCAGGACAUGGAUUUUUCUCAGCAGGCAGCUCUUUUGGGCAACGAAGAUACAGCCGUCGAGGAGCCUGUUCCUGAAGUUGUGCCCGUACAAGUAGAAACUGCUAAGAAAUCCAAAAGGCCGAGUAGAGAAGUCAUCAGCUGCAUGUUCGAGCCGGAAGGAAACGCCUGCAGCCUGACCGACAGCACCGCGGAGGAGCACGUCCUGGCCUUGGUGGAGCACGCGGCCGACGAGGCCCGGGACAGGAUCAACCGGCUGGUCCCCGGUGGCAAGAUGGGCUACCUGAAGAAGAACGGGGACGGGAGCCUGCUCUACAGCGUGGUCAACACGGCCGAGCCGGACGCAGACGGUGGGCGGCUCACACGCGCUCCCCUCACCUCUGUCCCGUUCGGUGACCUUGCACCUCAUGGCCUGCCCGAGAUGCCCCUUUUCCCUGGUCACAACGCUGUGGUGAAGUGUCCAGUCUCCCACACAGCAGGACGCAAAUGUGAGGAGGAGACGCACCCGGUGGACCUGAGCGCGCUGUCCAGCAAGCUGCUGCCCGGCUUCACCGCGCUGGGCUUCAGGGAGGAGCGGAGGAGCAGAGUCACCUUCCUGUCCGGUGCCAGCACCGCCCUGUCCACGCACAACAACUCAGUGUUCGGCGACUUGAAGUGCGACGAGGUGGAGCUGCUGUACUCGGCCUACGGAGACGAGACGGGUGUGCAGUGCGCGCUGAGCCUGCAGGAGUUUGUGAAGGAUGCCGGGAGCUACAGCAAGAAGCUGGUGGAUGACCUCCUGGACCAGAUCACGGGCGGGGACCACUCGCGGAUGCUCUUCCAGCUGAGGCAGAGGAGAAGUGUUCCGACGAAGCCUCUGGAUGAAGUAAAGGCGGGGGACCCUCUCGGGGAUGGUGGCUCCACCUUGGACUUCAUGGCCAUGAAGUCCUAUUCGGACGUCUCUCUGGACAUCUCCGUGCUCGGCUGUCUGGGUAGGUUGUGCCGGGUACCUCCCGGGGGGCAGGGUGGCUCGGCCCUGCCCAUUGGCUGCACAAUGAAGACCCCCAUCCUCAGGACCCCCCAGGUGACUGCAGAUGGGGCCUGCCCGGCUCUCCUGUCUGACCUCAGGCCCCAUCCUUGGGAAUCGUCUGCUGGGGUCCCGCCCCCGGCUAGUGCAUCGGUGUGCUCACCACCAUCGUCCACGUGUGCCCACUGGGCUGGCCCCAUCGGGGAAGAUGCCUCUGUGCUCCCCUCGGCUCUUGUGUGCCAACGAGGCCCUCCCAGCCCCUCGUGGCCAGUGGUUUUCGUGGUGCGUCUCCUCCCCUCCCCCUUCAGACCUGCUGGACGUACUGUGCGUCUCCUCGGUGGUCUCGCCCAGGGCAGUUCCCCCAGGGGACCUGUGGCAGCCUCUGGAGACGUCUUUGGCCUCACACUUGGGACCUGGUGCUUCUGGUCUCAAGUAGACAGAGGCCAGAGGUGCUGCUGACCGCCCUGGAGCCCCGGAAGAGCCCCAGCAAGAAUGGCCUGGUCUGCGGCCGGGGGCUGCGUCCGGGCCCCGCCUGCUGUUGGAAGUGGACCUCGUCACCCCGUCACCCUCCGUCACGCAGCCUGGCAGGCCCUGCUUCUGGUUGAAGCGCGUCAGACCCUUGGUGUUCAGCGCGGUUGUGGAUAGGACUGUGCUCCAGCCUGCCGUCUGGCUGUGUGCUGGUCUCCCAGCGGUUCAGGGGUCCCCAGGACCACCCCCAGGUGUGAUUCCUUAGGACCCCAGGACUCGGAGGGGCCCGGGGGGGUGUUGCUGCGGGAGACCCGGCCCCAGCUGCCAGCGCCCUCCCCACGAGCCCCCGGCCGGAGCUGUGACGACCGGCACCCUCUGCUUGGCCCAGCCCUGGCCCCAGACUCCCAGCAGGAAGGCAGGGGCCCAGGACAAAGCACACUGUGGCCCAGACGGUCUGGCACGGCGACCCCUCGGUCACUCAGGCGGUGGGAGCCAGCCUAGGGCCGGUCUGGCUUCUGAGCAACUGUUCUUUUUCUUCUCGCGGAGUCUGAGGCUUUCUCCAUUUUACCUGGUUUUGGUAGUUUGGUUACAGCAGCCCUGGUUUGUUCUCCUUUAGGUUUAUUCUUCACGGGUUGCGUUUCGUCGUUGGGCCUGGGGUUUGGAGCUGAAUGUGGGGAGUCUGGCUGUAGUUCUUCAGCACCCCCCUGAGCCCGACUCUGCCCAUCUGCCUUUGGUCUUCUCUCUGCUUGGUUUCGGGCCGUGGCGGGCGGAGUCCUGGGGGCGCUGGGCGCCCUUCUGCUGACCUGUCAGUCUCCUGGGCUCGCCGUAGCUGCCAUUCUCUUCACCCCCAGAAGCUCCACCCACUUUUCCUGCGUCGUCCCCCUCUUGCCUCCGGUCACGUGUCCUUUGCCUUUGGAACACGCGGUGCGUGUUCCUAAUCUCUGUCCCCGCAUCUCAUUCGCAGGGCUCUCCCCCGGUGGGGCUGCGUGUCCCUGUUUCUCUGCCUGCCUGGGCGUGGCUGGUGGGAUGCGCUGGAUUUAGUCGGCGCCUUUGCACGUGCCGGGCGCUCUUCCGAUGGUCGUUAGGCAGCUUGGAGCGUCGGGCCCUGUCCAGGUUUUUCUUAGGCUGUCUUAGGGUACAGAGCCAGGUCAGUGCAGGGUGGACGUGGUCCCACCAUUAGGCCGCGCCCUUCCGGGGGCUUGGGCCGCAGGUGACCACAGCAUGUGUGCGGCUCUUGACCCCCCAAGAGGCCACCCUCACACUGGCGCAGGGCAGACUCGGCCAGGCGUUUGUCGUCCUUGGUGCGCGUGGUGACGAGCGAGCGUGGCUGCGGGUGGACGGGCUGGCCGGCCUCCACAUCCCAUCGUCCCGUGUGUGCAGGGAAAGUGAAGAAGGAGCUGGACCACGACGAUGGCCACCUGAGCCUGGACGAGACCACGAAGCUCCUUCAGGACCUGCAGGAGGCGCAGGCAGAGCGUGGAGGCUCCCGGCCGUCCUCCAACCUCAGCUCCCUGUCCAACGCCUCUGACAGGGACCAGCGCCACCUGG